AUGACGCUGGGGCUUGUCCCUCCAUUCCCUUCUCUGAAGAACCCUAAUUUCCUCUGUGUUUACUGCUUCAAACCCACCAAUAAUUUCAAUCUUUCGUCAAGGACCCUCCAAUUCAGCCCCACCCAUUUCAAAUCUUUCUUCAAGGGCCCCAAUUUCCUGUCUUUCAACCACUCAGAAAGUAAAAAUGCUGUCUCCCAGACCCUUCGUUCUGAUAGAAUCAAAGACUCCAACAAAGAGACCGUAAAUGCAUCUUUGGACCCGGAGGAAGGGGAUGGCGGCGGAGGAGGCGGUGACGGAGAUGAUGGACAGGUGGAGUCAUCACCGGAGUGGCUGAAUUUCACUUCAGAUGACGCCAAGACAGCUUUUGCAGCGUUGGCCAUAUCGCUUGCCUUUAGGUCUUUUGUAGCUGAGCCUAGAUUUAUUCCUUCACUGUCUAUGUAUCCCACAUUUGAUGUUGGAGAUAUGAUCGUAGCUGAAAAGGUCUCUUAUUAUUUCAGGAAGCCCUGUCCCAAUGAUAUUGUGAUCUUCAAAAGCCCGCCAGUCCUUCAGGAAGUUGGAUACACAGACGACGAUGUAUUUAUUAAACGUAUUGUUGCCAAAGAAGGUGAUAUAGUGGAGGUUCAUGAUGGAAAACUGAUUGUAAACGGGGUUGUAAGGAAUGAAGAUUACGUUCUUGAAGUACCCAAAUAUGAAAUGAAUCAAAUUUGUGUACCAGAGAACUCUGUUUUUGUGAUGGGCGAUAAUCGGAAUAACAGCUAUGACUCACAUGUCUGGGGGGCCCUCCCUUCAAAGAAUAUUUUAGGGAGAUCUGUAUUUCGAUAUUGGCCUCCGGCCAGAGUUGGUAGUACAGUUCUUCCAGAUGACUGCAAUACUGAAAAACAGGAGAAUAGUUUAGCUUCUCAAUGA